GUGAACGAGGAGAAGAGUGGCAGUGGAUGAGGUGGCUGGCCUUGUUGUACAUACAAGAAUGGCAAUGUCUACCAUGUGUAUGAGGUUAUUGCGGCGCACCAGCUUGGGGCCGAGCGGGGCUCUGGGCGUCGUGCAGAGCGUGGCGCCGGGCUGGGCGCGGCAGCGGCGACACAUCCACUUUGACGAGCAGGCCUUGACGCAGGAGUCCCAGCACGCCAUCAGUGAAGUUUUCGACAACGACCAGAUGCGCAUGGACCUGCUGGACCAGCACAUGUUUGUAGGCACUGUGCAGCACUUUGGCGUAGGGGCAGAAGAGCUACACCCCCAUGCCAAUCGCUUUGUAGUGUGUCAAAUGGGUGGCCCUUAUGAUGACCAGGUGUCGCCCAUUGAAAUUGUGGACUUUGCGCUGGUGGGCACCAUGGGCCGAGAUGUGCUACAUGACACGCUGAUGCAGCUCGGUGCAGCCUCAGUCAUGCAUGGCGAGAUGAAUGCGAUACACACCGAUCCCUGGCAGCUGGGGUUUGGCAUGGGAACACUGCCCGUUGUGUUUGACGGCCAGGGGACCGUUCUCCGACUGGGCCAACGCGAUGGGCGGGCAACGCUGGAAUUGCCGCGGCUCCAGGCCUCGGUGGAGCUAUCGCAAAUUCGAGAUGUGCGUGGCCAGUACGACCCGGAGACGCUCACGGUUCAGACAAGCUUGCAGCUUGAGGAUGGCUCGAUGCUUUCCUUGUUUCGAGACGAGGCGUUUGCGCAUAACCGGGACGUGGAGCGGGAUUUGGCAACGCCCGAGCUGGCCAUGUACGCCGGAGAGUUUAGCAUCAAGGUUCUUGGCACGCUUGUGGGCCGCAUGGCGAGCAUGGGCGCCCCAGCUCAGCUUCUACUCUCUCGACUUCUCAUGAGUGAGCACAACCCCUAUGUAUCACAGCGGCAGCAGGAAUGGCGCUCCGCGCUCGCCCAUUACGCCGAACAGUCCUCCGAAGAACCCUCCGCAUAG